GCGAUAUCUGUUUGACGAGCUACAAAUUUGUAAACUUCGUUCUUCUAUUUAUUUUUUCAAGCUUGCCAAUUUUUGAAUAUUUUAUUUAAAAUAUUCAAGCCCUAAAUCGAAAUUCCGCUGCCAACGGUCAUUAGGAUUUCACUUUCUCUCUCAAAUGCAACAAAUUUCAUUAAAAUCUGCUCAGUGGUUACCUCAGAAAAGCGCUUCUGCGUUUUACAUGAAUUUGAAUAGGCGGCAUCGAUGUUGGGCCCGAGCUAUGCUUGCUCCGUGCCUGCGCUAGAUUGCACCGUGUGGCGCUGCUGUUGUCGCAGAAAGCGUUGCCAUGGUGACAGUGGCGCGUAAACAAAACUCCGAAACUCGCAAAUGUUGGAGCGCUCCGAGCAUGUGCGCCAGCAAUCAAUGGGCGAGAAAGUUUUCACGAUACUGUUCGACUCGUCUAAGCACGAGCUUUUCAGCGUUAGCGAUGGCUACAAGGUGCUGCAGAGGCGGCUCAAAAGCAUGUGGCAAGUCCAGAGCGGGAAUACGCAGAUAUCGCCCGAUGUGUUAUCCGGCACCGAUGCCUUCGUGCUCGGCGGUCCACGACAAAAAUUUACGGAGACGGAGUUUUCAGCCUUGCGAGAUUUUGUGACUCGAGGAGGGAGGCUGCUGGUUUUGCUUGGUGAAGGUGGGGAACGCCGCUUCCAGACCAACAUAAACUUCCUGCUUGAGGAAUACGGCAUUGUUGUCAACAGCGAUGCUGUUGUGAGGACAGCCUAUCACAAGUACCCUCAUCCAAAAGAAGCACUCAUCUCUGAUGGAAUCCUCAACAGAGCUGUGAACAGGGCUCUUGAGGAGACGGCGCUUGACUCCAAUUUGAGUGGCGACUAGUCGUGUUGUUCCUGCAGAGGACUGACGUUCGUCUACCCGUUCGGUGCCACGCUAAAUGUUGCCAAGCCUGCAGUGGCUCUCCUGUCUACAGGGGGCUGCUCUUUCCCCGUGGCACGUCCAGUCUGUGCACUCUACAUCGGGCAAAAGGGUGUGUCAGGAAGAAUAGUGGUUCUCGGCUCAUGCCAUCUUCUCUCGGACCACUACUUGGACAAGGAGGACAACAGCAAAAUCAAGGAUGUGUUGUUCCAUUUCCUGACCAGCGAUCAAGUGCAGCUGAAUGCCAUUGAUGCUGGAGACCCUGAGGUGUUUGACUACAACCCCAUUCCGUCACUGAGCACGAUUGCCGAUGCCCCAUUCUGCUGCCUCCAAGAGGGAGAGGAACUGCCCAAUGACCCCAUGGAGCUGUUCCGCAAGCAGCUGUAUAGCCUCGACAACUCAAUGCUGCCUGCAGUUAUCAAUGCCUAUGAAGAGCUUGGUGUGCCGCACGAGCCUCUGCGACUGAUCAGUCCACAGUUUGAAUGCCCACUGCCACCGCUACAACCUGCGGUCUUCCCACCGUGCUUCAGAGAACCCAGCGGGCCACCACUGGAGUUGUUCGACCUGGACGAAGAGCUGAGCUCGGAGAGCCGUCGUCUGGCCCAGCUUGCUAACAAGUGCACCGAUGAGGACUUGCACUAUUUCCUGUUGCAGUGCGGACAAGUACUAGGCAUCAACACUGCCACGGGUGACCCGAAGCACAUCAUAGAGCAUGUGCUCACGCGCCUUGUCGAGUUUCGAAAGCUCAACCAGUGUGGAGACCCAGUGCCAGGGACAUUAGAAGAGCAAGACAUCAUAGCCGACCAGGACAAUUUGUGAUGAUUAGCAGCAUCGCUCUUGAACUUAUAUUUGAGCAAAUGGCAAUGAACUCGAAGUAAUGACGAAAUAA